GAGGACGCGCCGGGCCGGGGGCCGAGGCUGGACGGAGAUGAGGCGGCGGACAGCCGGCGCUGGGGCGCGCAGCACGCUGGGGCCCGCGAGCUGGCGGCACUCUACUCGCCAGGCAAGCGCCUCCAGGAAUGGUGUUCUGUGAUCCUGUGCUUCAGCCUCAUCGCCCACAACUUGGUCCACCUUCUGCUGCUGGCCCGCUGGGACCACAUGCCUCUUGUCAUCCUGGGUGUUGUCAUGGGAGCCCUCAUCGCUGACUUCCUGUCUGGUCUGGUGCACUGGGGUGCCGACACGUGGGGCUCUGUGGAUCUACCAGUGGUGGGGAAGGCUUUCAUCCGGCCGUUCCGGGAGCACCACAUCGACCCCACGGCCAUCACGAGGCAUGACUUCAUCGAGACCAAUGGUGACAACUGCCUGGUGACGCUGCUGCCACUGCUUAACAUGGCCUACAAGUUCUGUACCCAGAGCCCAGAAACCCUGGAACGGCUGUACCCUUGGGAAUGUUUCGUCUUCUGCCUGACCAUCUUUGGCACUUUCACCAACCAGAUCCACAAGUGGUCGCACACAUACUUUGGGCUGCCACCGUGGGUGAUCUUCCUGCAGGACUGGCACAUGAUCCUACCACGGAAACACCACCGCAUCCACCAUGUGGCACCUCAUGAGACCUACUUCUGUAUCACCACAGGCUGGCUCAAUUACCCCCUGGAGAUGGUGGGCUUCUGGCGACGCCUAGAGGACAUUAUCCAAGGCCUGACUGGUGAGAAGCCUCGGGCGGAUGACAUGAAGUGGGCCCAGAAGAUCAAGUAGAUUAUCUCUAGCCCCCUGCCUGGUCGCCAGCCUUCCCCGGCCUAAACUGAAGCCAUCUGCCAAAUUCCAGCCUCUUUGACCUGCCUCUCCAGUGGAGAGGAGUCCCCUGGGCUGGGCCCCGGGCGCCCCCAGCCCACACCCAGUGACACAGACUACUUGAGCUACGAAGUUUUCGGUUCCUCUUUUCCUGUUCUUUCCUUGGGCCCUCCCGGCUGCUUGGAAGCCAAGUCUAACUGCAGAAGAGGAACCAGCCCCAUCCCAAGCACCUGCCUACUGCCCAGCCCUGGCUGGCAUGAGGGCCUCUGACUCACUUGGUCUGUUGGACCCAGUGAUCCAGGGUGCCUCCAGGACACUCAUAUGUGCCUGGAUAAUCAUCCUCACUCAGCCCUACAAACUGACCUGCCUGGGGGGCCUGGGUGGGCAGACCGCCCCAGCAGCCACCCAAGGAUGGCAGAGCUGGGCAAGGGUCCAUGACAGCUAACGGCAGAGGCUAGAAUCCCCACCUGUGUCUGGACACCCCCUUCUCACCCACACUUCUGCCCACAUGUCCAGCCAUACCUGAGUUCUCCCUGUGAAGGUGUCUUUAUGGGGCAUGGCCCUUGCAACAGGGUUUGGUCAUUUGGGGAGGGGAUGCUGUGUCCCUUCUGGCCAGUGUGUGAGAAAAAACAAGUAGGGCUUUUUUUAUUUUUGGUCGUUUUUUUUUUUAAAGGUGCUUGCUUGUCAAUGUAAAUAAUAGAAAGCCUUAAUAUCUUUCUGUAACAUGGAGUAAUAUUUUAAGGUCAUGUUUUGGAUGUAUAUAAUAUAUUUAUAACAAAGCAGGAAGAGCCUACUUAACCUAA